AGAUUCAUAUAAUCAACAAAUGAACAAAAAUGCCUCAAAUACUGGUAUCUCAGUCACCACAACUCUUCAAAUAACAAUAGCAAUUGUCUUCUUAAACUUCCUUCUCUUCAUUAUCAUCCUCUUGUUCUACAUUCGCGCUAAAGGCUAUCUUCGUAACUCUAGACCUUCUCGUUCCUCUAGACUCAUCUUCGCUCCUCAUGAGCCUGCUCUCCCUCGACAUGCGCUUGAUCCUUCCAUCCUCCGCUCCCUCCACAUUACAGUCUUUCGGUCUGAAGACUAUAAGGAGGAAGGAGGCUUAGAGUGUGCAGUUUGUCUCUGUGAGCUAAACGACGGAGAAAAUGCUAGGUUUCUACCUAAAUGCAAGCAUGGAUUCCAUGUUGAGUGUAUUGAUAUGUGGUUUGAUUCGAAUGGAACCUGUCCACUCUGCUGGGAAAUUGUUAGCAUCGAAUUGGAGGCAACUUCAGAAAUUGGGAAUUCAUCGGACAUUCCUUCAACUAGCCAGAAUCAUGAAGAAAGCUCUAGGGGGAAAACAAAGAAGGGGAUGUUGAUUAUUGAUAUACCGAGACAAAUGAUUAAUGGGCUUUCAUCGAUGAAUUCGCCUUUACCAUCAAGCAGGAUGUCGAUUGAGGGAAUGAGAUCACCAGCGAUGAGAAGGAUGUUGAGUUGGGGAAGAGGUAAGGGGGUCGGUACUUCUUGUAGUCCUAGAGAAUGUAAUGUUGAGCAAGGACUUGCAGCUUCCAAGUGCCAAUAAUAGAAUUUGCAUUUUGGUAAAUAUAUGUGAAUAGGAUGUUGUCAAGCCAGGAAAUGUGUCAUUCUUUGUUGUUCGUAAAUGCUAUGAGAUUUGGAUAAACCGUUUUUGUAAUGAAAUGUCUAGAAAAAUUUUCAA